CGCAAUGAUGCACAUUUAUUAGUGAUUUGUGGCCAAAGUGUAGAAAAGAUCAAUGAUUUGUUACAAUUUCAAAAUAAGAAACCUGUUUUAGCGGAAGUUUUUAGACCAAAUUUGGUUGUCAAACAAAGCCAAGUUGUGUCGUGUUCAUUAUCUAAAGAGAAUAGAACAACAGUUGCACCGAAAGCUGGACCUGUAUUACUCUCAUUGGAAGAAGAUCGAUGGAAGGACAUCGCGUGGUUAUCUACCAACAAUUUUAGUGACGAGAAGAUACAAAUGGAAUUCGUUGGUGACUGUAUUCGCUGCAUGACUAUAUGUAUCGAUCCUGAAAGUGGAAAUUUUCGUGAGGACCGAGAACCAUGGUUAUCACUCUCCACUUAUAGACGAGUUAUCAGUGAAAGGGAAGAAGAUUCAAAAACAUUUAAAAAGGAUAGAAUAGGGAAGACAUGGAAAGGCCGAGGUCCAUUAUUUGGUCGUUUAUACAACGUUUCUAUGAAGAUAGACCAAAUAAGAUGGAUCUAUUUGGAAGGAUUGCAUUUUGAAACUGAAAGAGCAUAGAGAUUCCAUCUUUGUGUUGUUUUCAUAAUAACAAUUGAGACAAUCUGUUUGAAGACAUUUUAUG